GCAGACAACGACCAGAGGCGCAGAGUGAGAGAGAGAGAGCGGCGGCGGAUUUCCAGCACACUCUGUGGACCCAAAACAUGCAGACUAAUAUGAAGCUUCGGCUGGGGGUCUCCACGUUUGCGUUCUGCAUGCUCAUCUGCAUAGGGACUUUCGCCGACGCCUACCCCUCCAGACCUGACAAUCCCGGGGAAGGGGCGCCUGCAGAGGAUUUGGCCAAGUAUUAUUCGGCUCUGAGGCACUACAUCAACCUCAUAACCAGGCAAAGGUAUGGGAAGAGAUCCAGCCCUGAGGCACUGGUGAGGACAGAUUUGAUGCUGAGAGAAAAUGCUGAAAGUUUUCCUAAAUAUAGGUAUGAUGAACCUUCCAUGUGGUGAUGAAGGUGCACACUUUCUGUAAUGUGAACAUACAUUCCAGUGAACACAUCAUUGCUCUGAAAAUGAAACACUCCCACUAUCCCUAAAGAAGCCAGUGCAUGUCGCUUUCAUCUGAAUCUGUACAACUUUCUUAC